AUGACUAUGGAUCCAAACUUGGAGAAGCUAGGCACACCCUAUGAAUCUUCCUCCGCCAGUGUUUCUGCAGUGGUUGAGAGAGCGAAAGGGGGGGGGGAAUCAGCAACGGUUCAUCAUCAAUGGAAGCCUAACGAUUUCUCUAAAGCUGUGGCUGCAGAUUUUGACCCUUCAGACCCGGAACCCAGGCAAAGGCGGGAUAUGGAAGGUAAGGCUUCAAUCUCUGCAAGGAAAGCUCAGAAGGCAGACCGUGAAAAAUUGAGGAGGGAGAGGCUGAAUGAGCAAUUUCUUGAGUUGGGGAACACAGUAGACCCUGAUAGACCUAAGAACGAUAAAGUAACCAUGCUUGUGGAUACGACCCAAAUGCUUAACGAUUUAACUGCCGAAGUCAACAGACUAAAGGCCGAGUGUUCAUCGCUUACUGAAGAAUCGUGUGAGCUGACUCAGGAGAAGAAAGAGCUCAGAGAGGAAAAUGCUUAUUUACAAGGUGAUAUCACAAACUUAAAAAUUCAGUACCAGCAAAGGCUUAGAUUCAUGUUCCCAUGGACCGGUAUUGAUCCUUCGGUUGUUGUAGCUCCACCUUACUUGUAUCCAGUUCCUCUGUCGGUCCCUAUGGGUCCAGUCGCAAGGCGGCCCUCACUCCAACCAUACCCAUUUUUCGGAAAUCAUAAUGCGGGUGUUGUUGACAAUCCAUGCUCAACAUUCAUAUCAUAUUCAACCACAGCACAUCCUCCAAUGGAACGUGCAUUGUCUUCUGAUGUUUCCUUCCAAAGGGAUUGUGGAAGCAAAUCAAUGGAUGACGAAAGAGGAAGUGUCGGAGACAAGUGUGAUGGUUCGAACGAUGUAGUGACAGAGCUUGAACUGAAAAUACCUGGUUCAUCAACAAAUCAAGAUUUGGAAGCUGGAGAAAAGAAAGGCAAGCAAACAGACAAGAAGGAGAGAAGUCUGGUGAAUCAUCUCUCUUCAAGACAAUACAAUUCAUCUCAAGGUUCUCAGGAUAACGCCUCUAAUAACAUAGAUGAGAUUUCAAAGUGUAGCAAGUAAAUAAUCAUGUUCUGCUUGAACAUGUGUUAUUCUUUGGCAUUCGAUGUGGAGAUCUUCUAUUUAUGUCUAAAAGCAAAAAUUCUGGUAAAUGCUUUUUAAACUUGUCUU